CUAUGGGAUCGCAGGCAACACAAACGUGACCGGAGACCAGGUGAAGAAGCUGGACAUCCUGUCCAACGACCUGGUCAUCAACAUGAUCAAGUCGUCCUUCACGUCCUGUGUGCUGGUGUCCGAGGAGAACGACCGAGCCAUCAUCGUGGAGCCUGACAGGCGGGGUAAAUAUAUCGUUUGCUUCGAUCCUCUGGACGGCUCCUCCAACAUCGACUGCCUCGUCUCCAUUGGAACCAUUUUUGCCAUCUACAGGAAGACCACAGAUGACGAGCCGUGUGAGAAGGACGCCCUGCAGCCUGGCAGGAACCUGGUGGCAGCGGGCUACGCCCUCUACGGCAGCGCCACCAUGAUCGUCCUCUCCACCGGUCAGGGAGUCAACUGCUUCAUGCUGGACCCGGCGCUCGGGGAGUUCAUCCUGGUGGACCGAGACGUGAAGAUCAAGAAGCGAGGAAAGAUCUACAGCCUGAACGAAGGCUACGCCAAAGACUUCGACCCGUCUGUGACAGAGUACCUGCAGAAGAAGAAGUUCCCUGAGGACGGCAGCCAGCCGUACGGAGCGCGCUACAUCGGCUCCAUGGUGGCAGACGUGCAUCGCACUCUGAUGUACGGAGGCAUCUUCUUAUACCCGGGCAACGUGAAGAACCCCCAGGGCAAGCUGCGGCUGCUGUAUGAAUGCAACCCGAUGGCCUUCAUCAUGGAGCAGGCGGGCGGCCUGGCCUCCACAGGCCUGCAGAACCUCCUGGACAUCCAGCCGGAGAACAUCCACCAGCGCGCUCCUGUGGCCAUGGGUUCUCCUGACGACGUCCAGGAGUUCAUCGCCAUCUGCCAGAAACACGCCAAGAACAAGUGAGACCGCCACGCCCGGCUCAGCCCGGUCCGACCCGGUCCCGUUCCAACCUGAAGACUUUCUCUGAAGCUGGAAGUUUGUUUUGUGUUGAAGGAGUCUUCAGAGAAAAGUGUUUUUCUAUCACAGAACUCUAAAUGUGAAACUUUCAGAUUUAUUAAAACAUUCCUGAAAACUACCAAAGAUUUAAACCGUGCCAAAAAAAUAAACAUCUACUUGAAUAAAAAU